CGUAUCUUACCUGACGGAAAUAUUUUUGGAUUAGACAUUUGAGCUAGGGAGAUUGAACAUGUAGAAAUGGCGUCAAUAUCUACCAUAGCUGAGGAGUACCUGACAUGUUCUAUCUGCUUUGAACUUUACACUGAACCGAAAACACUUCCAUGCCUGCAUUCAUUUUGUAAAGGUUGCAUCGAUAGCUUCACAAAGAAAAAACAGAAUAAAAAGGAAUAUCCUUGUCCAGUGUGUAGGGAAACAUUUAGACUUUCUAAUAAUAAGGCAGAAAAUUUGAAGACAAAUUUCUGUUUACAAAACCUUAUUGAACUUGUGAGCUCUAGCAAAGAAGUACAGAAACUGUGUUCGUUUUGCGAUUUAAAAGGUGAAAAUGUCGAUGCAUCUUCGCAGUGUCUUACAUGCAAAGAUUUUCUUUGUUCUGAAUGUGCGGAGCAUCGACAUAGAUCUACAACACUAACAUUAAACCAUAAAAUUGUUUCACUCUCCGAAGUGUCUGCUGGAAAAUAUAAUGAAGAAAUUCGUUCCAAACAGCAGAUUCCAUGUUCCGAACAUUGUGGCGAGGAUCUGAAGUACUUCUGCGAAACAUGCGAUGUUCCAGUUUGUCGUGAUUGCAUUGUCCUCGGUCAUCAAAACCAUAAAUGCGUUUCUCCGUCAGAUGCAAGGAAAAUAAUGGAAGAAAAGCUGACCACCCUUAUGAACUCUUUGAAAGAAAAUCUAGAAAAAUUUGAGAAUGCAAAAGUUAAUGUAGCAUCUGCUUCAGCUAAUUUGGAGGUCAAAAAGCAAAACUUGAAGGAAGAUUUAGAAAAGCAAGUGUAUGCCAUUAUCAAAACCAUGAUGGACUCAAAAAAGUCAGUCGAAAAUGAAUUCGACCAAAUCGUGAAAUCAAAGCAAGACAUGUUGCACAAUCAAGGGGAAUCAAUUGAAAAGGAGAGGAAAUUACUGGAUGAGACAUAUUCGUUUUGCAGUUACCUUCUUAGAUGUGGAAGUGAUGUUGAAAUUCUUACGAUGAAAUCAGAAAUGAAAGAUCGCCUUGCAACGUUACAGUCUCUGAAAAUAAGAGAAAGUUGCAAUAUUGAAGACAUCAAGUUACCAUUCAUUGAAAGCAGUACCAAUGGACGUAUUUUUAACUUGGUAUACCAAAACGCAGGGGAAAGUAAGAGAAAUUCAAAUCAGGAAAACACAAAACUAGAACAAACAGAUCAAGAAAAGACUGAGAAAGAAACAAAGCAUUCUGAAAGGAAUGGACCAAUUAGAGGAAUGGCCAGUCGUUUAUAUCCCAAAUUACUACAAAAGUUUUGGGAACCAUACUAUGGCGAUAAUCAAAAGCCAAGAUACACAAGCGUUACAUGGAUGAAUGAAAAUUCAUUAGCAGUUGUCGAUCAGAGAAAUCAAAAGGUGAAAUUUCUCUCGAAGCAAAACAAUGAUAGCCAUUCAAUAGUUGUACAGGGUUGCGAGGUGCUAACUUCUUUCAAGGAAGGGAUAGCGUGUAAAACAACAGGGAACAAACUACACAUAAUUAAUAAUUCCUUAAACAUAAAGGAGACAUUUUCAGGAGUUUCAAUUCUGUUGACUUGCCAUCCGAAUUCAUCUCAAAUUAGUUGGAUUUCCGGUUUAGAUAGAAUCUGCGUUUUAGAAAAUUCCAAAAUCAAAGAAGUCGUCAUCACUGAUCCAAACAAAGCAGGGAAACUAAGUAACCCGAAAUUUGGACACGUUCUAACCAAUGGUAUGUUUGUAGUUUCGGACUGGAACCGGGAUUGCGUAUUUUUCAUCAGGGAUUCUGGGUAUAUAGUGAGAAGGAAAUAUUGCUGUCCGGAUUCCAUUACUUCGGAUUCUAACAAUAUCAUCUAUGUAUGCGAUUAUGAAAAAAGUCGUAUUGAGCUAAUAAGAUGGUCAGGAGAAACUCUGCAGAUAGUUAAGAUUGGUUCAAUCAUAAAGAACCCGAAAAGUAUUGCCAUGAACAAAGACGACCAAAUCUUGAUCGCAAAUGGAAAAUCCAUCGUUUUGCUUCAAAUGGAAUAAACUUGGAAAACUUUGAAGGCAAAAUUUCUGAGGAAUCGUACCAGUGCAGUUUUGUAUUUUUGUCAUAUCGAUAAUCCUUGAUGCAAAGAACUGUUUAAAAAAGAAAAAGUUUUCUCUCAAAAAUAUAUCAUUGUAUGACAAACGUGUUUGACUAAUCUCAACAGUGCGUCUGACACAGAGUUUUAUAGGGACAAUAAUUUUUGUAUCUUUUUCUAAUUUUGUAGACUCUUAAUUAUGUCAAGCUUGAUUUCUUCAGUAUUUUAAUGUUUUUACGCUUACUAAAAUAUCACAAAGUCA